AAAUUUCUCAAAUUGUCUUGUCAGCGGAAGUUGCAGGACGCAUGCAGCAACGUUAGGCAGCAACUCUCGGUUGUCUCUCCCAGGCCAGACCUUCUCUGAAUAUCCCUCUAGUCUGGAAGCAGUAUGACCAGUGUCGAAGAGAUGGACGCCUUAGGACAGGUUCUGACGGACCCAGGAGGGGACCUGACCCGGCGGUUCAGAGCCUUAUUCACCCUGAAGAACCUAGGAGGUGCUGACGCUAUAGAAUGGAUCAGUAAGGCCUUCACUGAUGAGUCUGCCCUGCUGAAGCAUGAGCUGGCUUACUGCCUCGGACAGAUGCAGGACCGACGGGCCAUACCCGCUUUGACUGCAGUACUGAAAGAUACACGGCAGGAACCGAUGGUCAGACAUGAAGCAGGGGAGGCUCUGGGAGCAAUUGGUGAUCCUGUGGUUCUGGACCUACUGAAAGAGUACAGUCAGGAUCCUGUCAUAGAGGUUGCAGAGACGUGUCAGUUGGCUGUUCGUCGUCUGGAGUGGCUGCAGACCGGAGGAGAGAAGCAGCUGGAUGAUGGAAGUACAGAUAAGAACCCGUACUGCUCCGUAGACCCGGCCCCUCCAGCAGUGAGGAGAAGCGUGUCGGAGCUGCGUUCCAUCCUGUUGGAUGAGAAGCUUCCACUCUUUGAACGCUACCGCGCCAUGUUUGCCUUGCGUAACCUGGGCGACGAGGAGGCUGUGCUGGCACUGGGAGACGGCCUGCAGUGUUCCAGCGCUCUGUUCCGUCACGAGAUCGGCUACGUCCUGGGUCAGAUGCAGCAUCCGGCAGCAGUCCCGGCCCUGUGCGCAGCCCUGGAGCGUUCCAGCGAGAACCCCAUGGUCCGACACGAGGCGGCGGAGGCCCUUGGGUCCAUCGGCAAAGAGGAGUGCCUGGCCGUGCUUCAGCGUUACCGCGGAGACGGAGAGCGCGUCGUCAAGGAGAGCUGCGAGGUCGCGCUGGACAUGCUGGAGUACGAGAACAGCGAGCAGUUCCAGUACGCGGACGGACUGGUCAGGUUACAGGGUUAACGGUCUACGUUGACACCCGAAGGUGCUUCCCCUCAAAUCGCUUCUUUAACUUCUUUAACUCUGAGCUAUCGUAUUACCUUAGACAGCAGAGACGGCUGCUGUGGAACUAUUGGAUCCUGUUGGAUGAAGCUUGAUGAAUUGUAUGUAUGCUUGUAUGAAGGAAACUCAGCACAUAAGCAAUCACAAAUGGAACUCUGAAAGCCCACAUGAACUUGUAUGGUUUGUGAGUUGGUGAGCUCGUAGCUGUGGGAGACAGGGACGAGAAGAGUCAUUUGUUUUCUUUCCCCCCCUUCAAGAUUUCACUCCAUAUACAUUUUCACUGUUAUUAUUUGGAUUAUAGUGGAAACUACAGGACCUCCACUUUACUCCCAUACUCUGGUCAUCUUUGGGCUAAAGGAUGAAGGCAUGAUGGAUUGAUGUGAUGAUUGAUGUUAAUGGCUUUUCUUCUGAAAGUGUGUUUCUUUCUUCUUAUUUGUUUUGUGUGGGAGCAUAUAGGCGUAGUUUGAACUUUUAGGUUGGGGGUUAAUAAAAAAAAAAUCUAUAGGAAAUG